CAGGCAGCCAUGGGUAAGCACGGCAAAUGCAGCCACGACGCCGAGGCCUGCUACCCGCCGGGCGGCAUGUACCCGUACAUGAUGGAGAGCCCGCAGAUCCGGUGGGCAUUCGUCCGCAAGGUGUACAUGAUCGUCACCCUGCAGCUUCUGCUCACGGUGGCCGUCGCCGCCACGGUCAACCUCGUCGGCGCCAUCGGCGCCUUCUUCCGCUCAGGCACCCGGGCCGCGCUCGCCGCCAUCAUCGGCGUCAUGAUCUCCCCUUUCAUCGUGAUGAUCCCGAUGAUCCUCCUGCGGAAGCGGCACCCGAUCAACCUGGUGCUCCUGGCGCUCUUCACCUGUUGCCUGAGCUUCAGCGUCGGGCUGGUCUGCCUCUACGCGAAUGGGGUCAUCAUACUGGAGGCGGUGACCAUCACGCUGCUGGUGGUGGUCGGCCUGACCGCCUACACCUUCUGGGCGGCCAAGAGAGGCUACGACUUCGAGUUCAUGGGGCCAUUCCUGGUGGCCGCGGUACUCAUCCUCAUGGUCUUCUCGUUUGUGAGGAUCCUGUUCCCGAUGGGCAAGACGGGGACGAUGGUGUACGGAUGCAUCGCCGCGCUGGUCUUCUCGGGGCUCAUCAUCUACGACACCGACAACCUCAUCAGGCGCUUCAGCUACGACGAGUACGUCAUCGCCGCCAUCGAACUCUACCUCGACAUCAUCUACCUCUUCGAGGCGAUCCUCAGAGUGCUUAAAUGAAGCCAUCGACGGAUGAGACAGCUCUGCCGGCUGCCAAUCGUGAGGAUGAGACAGCUCUGCCGGCUGCCAAUCGUGAGCAUACUAGAUCAUACUGUAUGUUUUGUAAGCUACCAGGAUGGGUUGCGAAGAAUUU